AUGGAGCAGAGACCAACUCCAAGUCGUAUGAAUUUACAAGCAAUCAAACAAAAAAGUAAAGGUGCAAAACAGGGAUAUGACUUACUUAAGAGGAAGAGUGACGCACUUACAAAUAAGUUUCGUGGAAUGCUGAAAGAGAUCGUCGAAACAAAACGUUUAAUAGGUGAUGAGAUGAAAGAAGCAUCCUUUGCUUUAGCAAAGGCAACUUGGGCAGCAGGUGAUUUCAAGGAUCGAAUUAUAGAGUCGUGCAAAAAACCAGCUAUAUCAUUAGAUGUUGCCACAGAAAAUAUUGCAGGUGUACGCCUCCCCAUAUUUGAAUUGAAUAUUGACACAUCAGUUGAUGUUACAGGCCACAUUGGUGUAGCUAGCGGUGGACAGGUUAUUCAGUCAACAAAGGAUAUAUACCUACGAGUACUGAAAGGUUUAGUUAAAUUAGCGAGUUUACAGACUGCAUUCUUUUCUUUAGACGAGGAGAUAAAGAUGACCAAUCGCCGCGUUAAUGCUUUACAAAAUGUAGUUUUACCUAAGCUUGAUGAUGGAAUUAAUUAUAUACUAAAGGAACUAGAUGAAAUAGAGAGAGAGGAGUUCUUUAGAUUAAAGAAAAUUCAAGAAAAAAAGAAAGAGUGGGCUGAAGCUGAAGCUUUGGGGAGAGCAAGUAGAAAAGAGGAGUGUCAGUCAGAGAUAGAUGACCCGGAGUCAGUCUUUGGACAAAAAGAUGAGGGUAUACUAUUCUGA